ACGAGACAACAGAUCGAACCCCGCUCUUAUACCGUCGGAGUUGUGCUUCAUUGAGCCAGUCAAGACCGUUUAAGGCAAGGGAUCAAGUCAGAUCAGCGACUUUCAUUUCCGGACCCCGCUUCUUGGUGCCCGCAAAACGCCAAUAUAUAUACAUAUCUGCUUGCCACUCGCUCACCAGCUGUUACGAACUAGAGCAGAAUGGAGCCUCAAUACGAUGUUGUCAUUGCCGGAUCAGGCGCUUCUGGGCUUGGAAUGGCCGUUCGCCUGUUGAAGCAAUACCCCAGCAUCCGUCUUCGACUCAUUGAGAAAGCUACAGGACCCGGCGGAACGUGGUUUCACAAUACAUACCCCGGCUGCGGUUGCGACAUUCCUUCGCAUUUCUAUUCGUAUUCGUUCGAGCCUAAGGGUGAUUGGUCAAAAGCAUUCGCUUUGCAGCCUGAGAUUCACGAGUACUUCUCCGGUGUCGCCAAUAAGUACAACGUACCUUCGAUCACGACUUACUCGACUGCUGUCAGCAAGGCAGUCUGGGAUGAGGAUCAGUCGAUUUGGACGAUUCAUACGAAACACAAUGACGGGAGUGAGACGGAAGUUACGGCGAGGUGUUUCGUCUCUGCUGUCGGUGGACUGACAGAACCAAACGACUACAAACUCCCCGGCCUCGAAACCUUCCAAGGCGACGUGUUCCAUUCCGCCCGCUGGAACCACUACAUCUCCCUCACCAACAAAAACAUCGUCGUCGUCGGCAACGGCUGCUCCGCCUCCCAAUUCGUCCCCGUCAUCGCCCCACAAGUCAACUCCCUCACCCAAGUCGUCCGUUCCGCACAAUGGUACAUGCCACAACCCAAGUUCCCACAUGGUGACGUAUUUAAGUGGAUCAUGAUGAAUGUUCCAUGGGCGUUGAGGGGGUAUAGGUUCUUCUUGUUUGUGUUGUUGGAUUUGCAGUUUAGUAUGUUUAUGCUUGGGAAUUGGUGGGGGGAGAAGUUGAGGAACAGGGUUACGCAGGACACAUUGAAGCAUAUGCGUGAUCACACACCUGAGAAGUACCACGAUAUUGUCCUUCCGAACUACCUUAUCGGGUGUAAGCGCCGUGUUUUGGAUAGUGGCUACCUCGACUCACUUCAUCGCGAAAACGUUGAAUUGACGAACAAGAGACUCGUCAAGGCGACUGAGAAGAGCAUGGUGCUCGAAGACGGAAGUGAAGUCCCGUGUGACGUUCUCAUCGUCGCAAACGGUUUCAGAGUCCAAGAAAAGCUCCACGGAAUGAAAAUAUACGGAAAAGGCGGCAUCGAAAUCCAAGACCACUGGAACCAAAUCGGCGGUGUCGGCUCAUACCAAGGCACCCUACUCUCCUCCUUCCCAAACUUCUUCCUCAUCCUCGGCCCAAACACCGCAACAGGCCACCACUCCGUCAUCUUCACCUCCGAAUGCCAAAUCUCCCUCUCUCUCAAACUCAUCCACCCAAUCCUGUCAAACUACUGCACAAGCGUCCAAGUCACCCCCGAAGCCGAGAUCAACGAUAUUCAAUGGCUCCAGCGGAAAUUGAAGAGGAGUGUUUGGUUGGGAGGGGGGUGUUCGAGUUGGUAUCAGGAUGAGAAGGGGAGGAAUACGACGCUUUAUCCGGAUCCGCAGUGGAAGUAUUGGGUUAGGAGUGUUGUGCCGCAGAUGCGGCAUUUUGAGUUUAAGGGUGGAGAGGGGAAGGGUGGGGUUGGGGAGAUGAUGUGGAAGGUUGGGAAGGCGUGGACUGGGUUUUGGGCGUGGGUUACGUGGGGGGUUACGCAUUCCGAGUCAUAAACUGCUGGGGUAUUGGUUUUACGGGGCAUGGGUGGCAUUUCAUCAAGAUAGUGGUUGAGAUAAAGUCGAAGAAACAAUGAGUUGAGUACGAGG